CCCGACGACGUGCCCCGCUGGGACCCCAGCAACCCCCUCUGCCCCGGGGCCACCCGGGCCAACGGCGAGGUGAACCCCCAGUACGAAGGCACCUUCGUCUUCCCAAAUGACUUUCCUGCACUGCAGCCUGAUGCUCCUGAGCCUGGUGACAGCGAUCACCCCUUGUUUCGAGCGGCAGCAGCCCGUGGGGUGUGCAAGGUCAUGUGCUUCCACCCCUGGUCAGACCUGACGCUGCCCCUCAUGUCCCUGGCAGAGAUCCGGGCCGUCAUCGAUGCGUGGGCAGAGCUGGCCGCUGAGCUGGGUGCCUCCUACCCCUGGGUGCAGAUCUUCGAGAACAAGGGAGUGAUGAUGGGCUGCUCCAACCCACAUCCACACUGCCAGGUCUGGGCCAGCAGCUUCCUCCCCAACGAGGCACGGCUGGAGGACCGGACCCAGCGACAGCACCUGAGCCAGCAUGGUGUGCCCAUGCUGCUGGAGUAUGCUGAGCAGGAGGCUCGCCGGAAGGAGCGGCUGGUGGUGGAGAACACUGACUGGCUGGUUGUGGUGCCAUACUGGGCCACUUGGCCCUUCCAGACCCUGCUGCUCCCCCGCCGUCACGUCUGCCGCCUCCAGGACCUCCAUGACAGCGAGAGGGACAGCCUGGCCUCCAUCAUGCAGAGGCUGCUCAUCAAGUACGACAAUCUCUUCGAAGUCUCCUUCCCCUACUCCAUGGGCUGGCACGGAGCCCCCACAGGCCCCUACCUGGAGGAGGACUGUGGGCACUGGCAGCUCCAUGCCCACUACUACCCUCCGCUGCUCCGCUCUGCCACCAUCCGCAAGUUCAUGGUGGGCUACGAGAUGCUGGCGCAGGUGCAGCGGGACCUCACCCCAGAGCAGGCGGCUGAGCGCCUGAGGAGCCUCCCUGAGGUGCACUACAAGCAGAGGACCAAGGAGUCGUCGUGA